UACGGUGCAGACCGUAGAACACUUCUUCUUAUGUACAGAGUACUGAUCCGCUCUAAACUUGACUAUGGAUGUUUUAUCUACGAUAACACGUCUCACUCGAUCAAGCGAACGCUGGAUACUGUCCACCACUCCGCUAUCCGGAUAGCAACGGGCGCGUUCCGCACCACGCCGGUGGACAGUCUUCUCGCCGACGCCCAUGAGCCUCCACUCGGUCUUCGCAGGGAGGCGCUGGGAAUGCGCUACGCUCUGAAGCUUCGGCAGUUUCCGUUUCACCCGUCAUACGGGGCCGUUUACUCCAGCGGCUUUCGAUCUAUUUUUGGGCACCCAACCGACACUAGACGUUCUAAGCCAGCUCCAUUUUGCCUCCGUAUGCAGACGCUCUUCGCAGAGAGUGGUAUCCGACCCAGAGAUGUCAUCCGCAUGGACUCCCACGUGGUCGGAACUCCUCCAUGGAGGCUGGUGACCCCGGAAGUUGAUGUCUCUUUGGCGGCUACCAGGAAGCGCGACGUUCCGGGACCCGUGCUGAAGGCAGGAGCACUGGAGCACAUCGCUUCGUAUGGCGACUGCGUGGCGUGCUACACGGAUGGCUCCAAGACGGACGUAGGUGUAGGGUGUGCUUUUGUUUGCGAUGGUUCGGUCCGAUCGUUUACACUUCCUCGACAGACAUCAGUCUUCACUUCGGAGCUCGUUGCCAUCCAGAAGCUCCUAUGCUACAUCGAAGUAGACAGCGGGAACUCCUAUCUGAUAAUGUCUGACUCACUGAGUUCCCUGAUGGCUCUCCGCUCUUUUAACCCUACUGGCCCCAUUGUACAGGACAUUUUACAGAAGCUUACUGGUCUUGCCCGAGAGGGAAAACGUGUGCGGCUCUGCUGGAUCCCGAGCCACGUAGGCAUCCAAGGUAACGAGACUGCCGACUUGGCGGCGAGGAGGGCCUCGGAGAGGCCUCAUCUCCACCGAUUCCCACUCCCAGCUAGGGACUUUUUCCCUACGAUCAAAGCCUUUUUGCACAGCAAAUGGCAAAGCAGGUGGGAUGGCUGCUUGGGCAACAAGCUUCUAUCCCUCAAGCCCACACUAGCACCGUGGGCCUCCUCAAUGCGCAAAAACAGGCGGGACGAGGUAGUCCUGUGCAGGCUCACGGUCAUUGAAUACUAAGGUAACACGGAGCCGAAGCUUCAAGCCAGGGGACGCGGGAGGCAUGCCGUCAGCUGAUUGUGUACAAGAGUUUACCCAGGGCCCUAUGGGAGAGAGUUAACACGUGCUUCUAUGGGGCGAAUUCGAUGCAACAAUGGCGCAGUAGCGACAUUACUCUUGUUCGCUGUCUUUCGGACGACAAAGAUUCUACGCCGUUUGGCCCGGUUUGGCCAAUCACAUUCCAUAAUUGCAGCCGAGCCCCCGUUGACCUAGAAGAGGAUUGGCCGGACGACGUACGUACAAUCUUCGUCGUCUGAGAGACAUCGAACGAGGGGUACAUCGACUGAAUAUACAUUGCGAUUCAAUAUUCAGUAAUAUGGCCUUGAUUCAGUAUUUUAUGACCGUGAUUGCAAUUUGCAUUUGAGCUCAGCAGUCGAGUAAGUUGUGCCAAAAAUACCAGAAGCGAUAUCCUAUAUACGGCCUUGACCAGAAGUGUUGCAUGCCCUGGAUGCAGAAAAACAAGAUUGAGAUGAGUGGAUCAAGAUCAAGAUGUAUCUUUCGUGCAGAUGUAUCAAGAUGUACCUUUCACUUAAGAUCCAUGCAGGUGAGGUUCCAGUGAAAUUUGAAUUCGAUAGGUAGCUAUUUUUGUUUUUGCUUUGAUACUUGUGGUAAGGAAACAUGAUUAUGGUUGCAUGAACCGCCCACUGCUCAUUGCUGUCUUGUCUCGGGUUUGAUAUCCGAUCACCAUUCUUUCUUAAAUAGCUCACCCCAUAUGGAAAUCAGGUUUCAGGAGGCCACUAGGCCUGUGGGGCCUGGUCUCAAUGAGCUCCCAGUGCUAAGGACAGUCAGGCUCAUAUGUUGGGUAAGGUCAGGUUCAGGUAGGCCAGUAUGCACUCUGCAAAGCAUGGCAAUUUCGACAAGAUCUCGUCUGUGCUGGCUUGUCCGGCUGGUGAGGCUUUGGUGUGGCGUGGAUUUAGCUUGGUGCAGUGCGGAUUUUAUGUAGCACGGUGCAGAUUUGGCCUGGUGUGGUCAGGUGGUGGGGGAUGUAGUGUAGUGCAUUUUAAAUGUGGCUUGGUGAUGGACAUGAUGGACCCAACAAAAUGGAUGGCCAAAAUUGAAAAAAGCAUUAAUGGAGCUUUAACAUGCAAUUUAGUGUGCUCUCGGGCUGAUAGGUGUGCGGUGGUCAGAACGGACUGUGCCAGUGCUGGUGCCUGGUGGUCCCACCAAUCACGGGGGUCAUCUCCUGUUGUGACCCAGGGGUCUAGUCAAAACCUUACCUAUAAGUCUUCAUUUCACUCAUAUAUUAAACCUGGCCCUUUUUCAGGCACAAGCUUUGGAUGAACUUCUGCUUCUGCGGUCAGCAUUCUUACAGGAGAACCCAAGAUUCACUGUACCUGUAUGCAUUUCAAAACUGAAUAAUUGAUAGCAACAAGUCAAUAUUUGAAGUUGCAGCCAAAUGCUGUGCCUUCUCUGCUGCAAGAGCUACAUGUCACCAUUGAAGCAAGGACCAGCUCGACUCCUGCAGUAGGAGUCCAGCCUCGUCCAGUCGUCGCCGCUCGCCAAGACCAGCCGGACUCCUGCAAUAGGGGUCCAGGCUGACCCGUUCGUCCAGUAACCGCCGCUCGUCAGCACCAGCUGGGCUCCUGUAGUAGGGGUCCAGCCUCGUCCAGUCGCCGCCGCUCGCCAAGACCAGCUGGGCUCCUGUAGUAUGGGGCUAGGAUGGCCCGUUCAUCAACCGGUCCUGAAGUCACAUCGCUGUCAGUCAGCCGAACUCAGUACCUACAUAAGUCACCAACCCUGAAUGUUGCCAGCCAAAGUCGGCAGUUUCCUUCGGACAGUCAUCUCACCAGUGUUGUACAGUGUACGAGGUUAGUGACGCAGUUAAAUGCGUCAAUUAAAUGCGAGGACGUGCGCUUGUAUGCAGCGUUUUGUCAUGUUGAGCUGCAUGGGUGUCGAUUUUCACCGAAUUGAGGGUGCCCACUGCCCGGGCGCAGCAAAUCCGCCGCCGCCUCAGCGGUGACCUUGACCCGCACCGUCUGUUGGGGCCAAGGCUCUAUAGAAGUUGGGGCUCCAAAGCCAAGCCAGCCGAGCCGGCGGGGAAUUUAAAGAGCUUGAGCACCCCCAACCCGGCGGAAAUUGACACCUAUGUUGAGCUGUAUGGAUGCGUUUUAGCCUUCCGCCGUGGUGGUAAAUAGCAGCCUACAUGCAGAAUUAGGCAGGCUUAUUGGCGGGCUCAUUAUUGGAUUCAUUGUGUCACGUUUGUCGGCACGUGUAAGAUGUGCUUAACUGCCAUUGGCUCUCGGCCUGGCGACUUCUGGGGACCACGUUAUGGGGAUGACAAUUGGGAUCCUGUGCCUUAAGCCGGCCAUUUACGUCCAUGGCUAUAUACCCCCGUACUAGGGCUAGUUAUGACGUAUAUAGGGAUCCACGAGAUCUUUUUUGAUGAAUGGGCUGUGCAGUGUUGAGAUCCGCGUGUAACGUCACUGUUUGGCCAGUCUGCCCUCAAACGGGUCAUCUUUACUCAUAUUUUAUUUACAUGAACGCUUUGCAUGGUCCAGUGGUUUAUAUAGACAUCUUCCUUGCACUAGCUAGUUUUAUGUGGCCAGGUUGAUUGCCUGUCAGCGCGGUCACGCUGUCGUCUUUCGAUUGGUGCGCUUAAAUGCGGCGAGAUGAAUAUAGGAUUUCCUUUGAUGCUAUUUAGUACCUGCGCCCAGCUCAACUGGGGAAGGGGGGGGGGGCACUGCCGACUUUUGGUCCCAUUCUUUCCAUGUAACGCCCAUAGAGCCCAUGUUAAAAUGCCAAAAUCAAAGGGGGGCACGGUGCCCCGGUGCCCUCCCCGUUCCGCCGCCUAUGCGCGAAAGUACCAACUACCAUCAGUUUCCAGUUGUUUGUGUCCCAAUGUUUUUUAUGAGUUGGACGAUUGGGCUUUUCCUAUCGCUCAUAGGUUAUGCAAUUAUUUUGUUAAACGCUCUAAAAUUGUUUCUCUACAAUACAAGUCAUUAGAACUUAGAACUGAAGCAAAUAGAUAUUGAUGGAUACGAUCUCAAGGGGGCCGAUAAGAAGGAAGAGCGCGCGGCGCAAUGAUUGUGGAGCACAGCACACGAUUAAUGUGAGGCGCAUUUGAGCGAGAAAUAACUUUAUUGAGCAGAAAUGAGCAGAGUACCAGCAUUGAAACUGCACCAGUACCAGCAUUGAAACUAAAUAUAAGAUAUCUCAGAA